UGUUUAUUGAUAGGUUGAGGAGUUGAUGUUCCAAUUGGCCUGUGAUCUGUCUGGAGUGGUGGUAGAAGCUACAUUAAAAGAACUACUUCCUGCAAUAAUAAAUUGGGGAAACAAGUUAGACCAUAUUUUGACAGUUCUACUCUCUCAUAUCGUAGGCUCUGCUCAGCGCUGCCCACCUCUUUCUGGAGUUGAAGGGUCAGUGGAGUCCCACCUGCGUGUUCUAGGUGAACGAGAGCGCUGGAAUCUUGAUGUUUUGUUAAAAAUGCUAGCUGAAUUGCUUCCUUAUGUGCAUCAGAAAGCAAUUGAGACGUGCCCAUUUACACCUGUUUUGGAGUCAAAUGUGACAAUAUUUUCCAGCUCGAUCCUUGAAUUGUAUGCAGGGGGACACGUUGAAUGGCCUGCAUUUGAAUGGAUGCAUGUUGAUUGCUUUUCUGGUUUGCUACAGCUGGCUUGCUUGUUACCCCAGAAAGAGGAUAAUUUAAGAAACCGAACUACGAAGUUCUUGUUAGGUGUUUCUGAAUGUUUUGGGGAUUCUUAUUUGAUGCACAUAAUGCUGCCUGUAUUUUUGGUAUCAGUUGGGGAUGAUGCUGGUUUGACAUUUUUCCCUCCCAACAUUCAUUCAAGAAUCAAGGGUUUGAGACCAAGAACAGCUGUGGCAGAGAGACUUGCUACUCUAGGUAUCCUGCCACUUCUCUUGGCAGGUGUGCUAGGAUCUCCUGGUAUGCGUGAACCGUUGGCAGACUACUUGAGAAAGCUCCUAGUUGAAGGUGCCAUGAAGGAGAAUCAGUUUACACCACACAACAUUGAUAUUGUUAAUGCUGUCCGCUUCCUUUGCACAUUUGAAGAACAUCAUGGCAUGAUAUUCAAUAUCUUGUGGGAAAUGGUUGUAAGCUCUAAUGUAGAAAUGAAGAUCAGUGCUGCCAAUAUAUUGAAAGUCAUUGUGCCAUACACUGAUGCAAAAGUUGCAUCUACACAUGUUCUGCCUGCCCUGAUUACCCUUGGCUCUGAUCAAAACUUGAAUGUGAAGUAUGCAAGCAUAGAUGCAUUUGGAGCUGUGGCACAACAUUUUAAAAAUGACAUGAUUGUUGAUAAAAUACGUGUUCAAAUGGAUGCUUUUCUUGAAGAUGGAUCCCAUGAAGCAACCAUUGCUGUGGUCCGUUCGCUAGUGGUAGCAGUUCCACAUACAACGGAGAGACUUAGAGAUUAUCUUUUAUCCAAGAUUUUCCAACUGACUAGCACGACUGUUUCUGCAACUGAUGUGAUGCGUCGCCGUCAGAGAGCUAAUGCGUUUUGUGAAGCCAUUCGUGCGAUGGAUGCAACAGAUCUUUCUGCAAAUGGCAUUCGCGACUUCCUCCUUCCUGCCAUACAAAACUUGCUUAAAGACCCUGAUGCACUUGAUCCAGCACACAAAGAAGCCCUUGAAAUAAUAUUAAAAGAAAGGUCAGGUGGGACUUUUGAGGCUUUGAGCAAGGUGAUGGGAGCUCACCUUGGGAUUGCAUCAUCAAUGACCAGUUUCUUUGGUGAAGGUGGGCUACUAGGCAAGAAAGAAAGUACUGAAUCACCAACUGAGCCAGUUGAAUCCCCAAAAGCUGUGGCAGCACCUGCACCGGCAGAGGAUACCAGAUUCAUGCGAAUUAUGAGGGUCACUGACAUGCUUAGAGGCAAAGCAAAAAACCAAGAAGAAACACACUAGAACCAGUGAAGUCAAGUGAGACUGCUGUUUCCUAACUCCUUAUGAGAUGAAUGUAUGUAUCUUUUUAAAAAACGUUUCAUGUCAUAUACGAGGAUGCUACGUUGUAGCAGGUGGUGAUUUUUUCAUUAUAAUUUUCUUUUUAAACCAUUCGCUAUUGCAAAUUAAACAAUUUGUUUUAAUAGAGACGAAGCAUGACCUUUUUGUCAUAAGCAAUGCAUUAUAAUCUUUUUUGUCAUAAGGUUUGUAGCUAUUGCUAUCUCUAAAUUGCAUUUUGUUGUUUUUCUAGUUAUUGAACUUCCAUUCUUCGACAGUCUUUAAGGGAGAAAAAUAGGUU